AUGGCAUAUGAUCCCCGCCGCUCAAACUCGGGCACUUCAACUCCCCAACCACCACCACCUCCCCCACCACCACCAGAAACCACCGAAAUGGCAACGACAGCCCUAGAAGAAGUCAAGCCAGCCGACGAAGCCGGCACGACAGACUCCUACAAGCUGAAGUUCUGCACAGUCUGCGCAUCCAACAACAACCGCUCAAUGGAAGCCCACCUCCAACUCUCCGGCGCGCCAACCGCCUUCCCAGUCAUCUCCUUCGGCACAGGCUCCCUCGUCCGGCUCCCAGGCCCAUCAAUCACCCAACCAAACGUCUACAGCUUCAACACAACCUCCUACAAUCAGAUGUACGAGGAACUGCACAGCAAGGACGAGCGGCUAUACCGCAGCAACGGCAUCCUGAACAUGCUCGACCGCAACCGCAACCUGAAAUGGGGUCCUGAGCGCUUCCAGGACUGGGUUCCUGGGAUGCCGCGUGUCGACCAUCUCUCCAAGGGCGACAAAGGCGCCAUUGGGACGGAGGGCGGCGUUGUCGAUGUAAUUAUUACGUGCGAGGAACGGUGCUGGGAUGCUGUUGUUGAUGAUUUGAUGAAUAAGGGCUCCGCGCUUAAUCAUCCCGUGCAUGUUUUCAAUGUCGAUAUCAAGGAUAACCAUGAGGAGGCUUUGACGGGUGGAAAGGCGAUUCUGGAUCUGGCGAAUCGCUUGAAUGAGGCUGCUGUUGCUGAGCAUCGGGUUCAUGGAUCUAGUGGCUGGGAGAAUGGGACUGGCCCUGCGCGUCAGAGCUUCGAUGAGAAGGUUCCAGAGAUUCUGGCUGAGUGGCAGGAGAAGUAUCCUCAUCUGCCAGCUCUGUGGACUUUGGCUUGGCUUUAG